AUGGACGUAUCCACCAAUAUCACCCUUUGCGUACCCAGACCGCCGUCCGGCCAAAGUCCUGACGUGGCCAUAGUCAUUUCGACACCCAAGCUAACAUAUAUCCCAGCCAACCACAUUCUACUUCGAGUUGACCGGUUUGGAUUCUCUGCGAAUAACGUCACUUAUCAGGCUUUGGGCGAGCAUCCGCAUUAUAGAUACUUUGAUUUUCAUACCACGCCUGAGCAUGAAGAAGUGAGCGCAAAAAGCCAUGGGAUCGUGCCUGUCUGGGGGUUUGCAACGGUUAUAACAUCAGGGCACCCCAAAAUUGCUGUAGGCGAACGUGUUUAUGGCUACUUGGCACCGACUAGAUAUCUUUUGUUGCCGGUGUCUCCCUCGGACGUGAACAAAUAUGCGUUCUAUAUUUCCAGGCCCCACCUACCAGCAGACUAUCGACCAUACAAUCAAGUCCUUCGGUGCGCGACAGACCCGCAAUACACCCCUAACCCACGAGCGGAGGACCUCACUAUGCUCUACCGGCCACUCUUCUGGACUGCGUAUUGGUUUGAAGACUGGCUUUGGUCUUCAAAAAUAUCGGGGGUGGCGCAUAUAACCCCAAAGAUCAUUGGCCUGACCUCUUCUCGAAACAUGGAGUUCACGAAGGGUCUGGAGCUUUAUGAUGAGGUGCUUGAAUACAGCUCGUUCACGGCGUCCGACUCCUUUCAUGGGCGGGAGAAAGAUCGUUGGGUGUACGUCGACGUGGCAGGAAACGCGCCGCUUAACCAACGGGUGUUCGAUCACUUCACUUCGCCUUAUACUGGUGUUCUUGCAGCUUUUAUUACAUUGGGGAUGACGAACCUUUCGCCAUCCGACGUCUGCGUUCUGGCCCCAGGAGGAGCAUUUCUUCACGCCAAGUGGUUAGCAGUACGACGGCAUGAGCUCAGGGUAGAAGAGAUCUUUACAAUGCAGGAAAUAGCUUGGAAGGAACUGAUGAGAGACUGUGGCGGCUGGGUAGAGAUCGAAAGGGCUGCAUAUGAAAAAAUCAUCAAGGACGGCGUCAGGCCAAGUAAAGGGUUGGUGUGGAGUCUCUGGGAUUCAGAUAUGCCUGUUCCUAACGCAACGAGGUUAUAG